CUUUCACUUCCUGCCCGCUCCAGGCAGCGCCUGGCCCGUCCCCCGCGCCUCUCGGGGAGGCCGGCGCCGGGCGAGCUCCUCCCCAGGCAGCAGCGGGAGCGGCCACUCCCCGUGCACCGAGCCGAGCUCGGGUGGAGACUUGGCUCUUUUCAGCUUGUGCGCCGCGGUCCCCUUACAGCCAGGCCUCGCGCCCGAGCAGCCCUCGGCCCCCGUGACCUCCCUCGGCUGGGCCGGCCCGCGCCUCCGGGACCAUGCUGCGCUGGCUGCGGGGCGUCGUGCUGCCCGCGGCGGCCUGCCAGGACGCGGAGCCGCCGACGCGCUACGAGACCCUCUUCCGCAAGCUGGACCGCAACGAGGACGGCGUGGUGGACAUCUGCGAGCUGCAGGAGGGGCUCAAGAGCCUGGGCAUCCCCCUGGGCCAGGACGCCGAGGAGAAAAUUUUUACUACUGGUGAUGUCAACAGAGAUGGAAAGCUGGAUUUUGAAGAAUUUAUGAAGUACCUUAAAGACCAUGAGAAACAAAUGAAAUUGGCAUUUAAGAGUUUGGACAAAAAUAAUGAUGGAAAAAUUGAGGCUUCUGAAAUUGUCCAGUCUCUCCAGAUACUAGGUCUAACUAUUUCUAAACAACAAGCAGAGUUGAUUCUUCAAAGCAUCGAUGCUGAUGGGACGAUGACAGUGGACUGGAAUGAAUGGAGAGACUACUUCUUAUUUAACCCUGUUACAGACAUUGAGGAAAUUAUCCGUUUCUGGAAACAUUCUACUGGUAUUGACAUAGGAGAUAGUUUAACUAUUCCAGAUGAAUUCACGGAAGAUGAAAAGAAGUCGGGGCAGUGGUGGAGGCAGCUUUUGGCAGGAGGUGUUGCUGGUGCCAUCUCUCGAACAAGCACUGCCCCUUUGGAUCGUCUGAAAGUCAUGAUGCAGGUCCAUGGUUCAAAAUCAGAGAAAAUGAACAUAUAUGGUGGCUUUCGACAGAUGGUGAAAGAGGGAGGUAUCCGCUCACUUUGGAGAGGAAAUGGUGCAAAUGUCAUUAAAAUUGCUCCUGAGACAGCUGUUAAGUUCUGGGCAUAUGAACAGUACAAGAAGUUGCUUACUGAGGAAGGACAAAAAGUAGGAACCUUUGAGAGAUUCGUUUCUGGUUCCAUGGCUGGAGCAACUGCACAGACAUUUAUUUAUCCUAUGGAGGUUCUGAAAACCAGGCUGGCUGUAGGCAAAACUGGACAAUACUCUGGGAUGUUUGAUUGUGCCAAGAAGAUUUUGAAACAUGAAGGCAUGGGAGCUUUUUACAAAGGUUACAUUCCCAAUUUAUUAGGCAUUAUACCUUAUGCAGGUAUAGAUCUUGCUGUGUAUGAGCUCUUGAAGUCCCAUUGGCUAGAUAAUUUUGCCAAAGACUCUGUAAACCCUGGAGUCAUGGUGCUGCUGGGAUGUGGUGCCUUAUCCAGCACCUGUGGUCAGCUGGCCAGCUACCCCUUGGCUUUGGUGAGAACACGCAUGCAGGCUCAAGCCAUGGUAGAAGGAGCCCCACAGCUGAACAUGGUUGGGCUCUUUCGACGAAUCAUUUCUAAAGAAGGAAUACCAGGACUUUACAGAGGCAUCACCCCAAACUUUAUGAAGGUGCUCCCUGCUGUAGGCAUCAGUUAUGUGGUUUAUGAAAAUAUGAGACAAACUUUAGGAGUAACUCAGAAGUGACGUGCUGAAUUUUUUGCUUUAGCAUGAUUAUUGAAACUUUCAGCCAUCUCCAGAGUGACCUUUUCUCCUAGAACUGCAACAAGUCCAUGGCAAAAAGAAGCUGUAUUUUUUUUUUUCACAAAAGGGAAGAGCAUAUCAAUGGUAACUUCAAACAUUUGGACUCAAUUUUAUACAUUCAGAAAUGCUAAAAAUCAUUGUUUUGAUAAACUCAUACAGUUUUGAAAAGGCAAUAAAAUUAUAUUUUUUCUUAUUAGUCCUUUCUACAAAUCUCUGCCUGGAAUCCUAAAUCUGAAAAAAUGUACUUGCUUGAACUAAAUUUGCUUUGUGUGAAUUAUAAAUCUUUGAUCUUUAUUUUGGUUGGUUCAAGAUUAUGCCAAUUCUUUUAUACUUAAAUGUCUUUUUCUUAAAAACAAAAUGAUUGGAAAACCUAGAAACUUAAAUUGUUUAUAUAUUUUGAAUGUCUUUAUAAACUUCUUAAAAUUUCCUUGUAGAACCAUUCAUGGAGAAUCAUUGCAUGAAAACAUAAUCUUACAACAGCCAAAUAGGUAUAAGGUCUAUAUUCUUUUUUUAAGCUGAAUAAGAAUGAACAUAAGCAACAGAACUUCAAGACAUGUGAAUACCCUAGUCCACUUAUAUGAUUUUUGUGUAAGGAAGAGUGAUAAAAUAAUAUUUAUUUCAGUGAACACUUCUCCAUUUUUCUUGUACUGUUAUUUGGUUCCCAGGAUGACACACUGAUUGUCAGUAUAUUACUGUUAAAUUAUCAACACAAGUCAACUUACUUGAAAAAUUCUGUUUAUUGUCAUUGCUUUGAAAAGCACCAGGAAACAAAACCCUUUUACUUGUAUCAGUUUCUGAAGAGCAUCUCUCUUCUCUUUGUCCUUUGUUUCCAACUUGAAUCAGACUUCCAUUUUAAUCAGGAAGGCUUCUGGGGACCAUUCUUGGUUAUCUGAAAUUUUUUAAUUACAUGAAGUAGGUUGAUCAUGGGUAAAUGGCAUUCUCAUUUCCCCCUCACUUUUAAUUUAUUUGACCCUGCAAUUCUCAAUUUGGGCACCACAAAGCUAGGAGAAUAGUGUAUAUUAAUAGUAGUAUAUAUUAAUUUUAUAUAUUUGGUACUAUAAAUGAAAGGCCCAAUUUACAAACAUGUACAUUCAUAUUUUCUCUUGCCCCCAGCUUAGAAACACAUUAUGAUAUAGAAAAUUUGAUUUAUAAUAUUGAUAGCAUGUUUUUAUUUUACCGAAGCCAUUUUUUGUAAUCAACUAUCUUUUCUGAUUUGU